CCCAUACAUACAGCAAGUACACAUAAUUAUACAUGUUUCGGUUAGGACCUGCAGACAGUUAAUCACAUGUACAUAAUCAUAUUUAGUAAUAUAUAUAUAUAUUUAGUUGCUGCUAUAAUCACAUCUCUUUAGUAAAACCUGCACAAGAUGGAUUAUAUUAAUAUUUAUGUGGUAUUUAAUCUACUGCCUGAUAUAUAUAUAUACGUUUUUAGAAAAUAUAAACAUCAUCACGUUUGUCGUACGAGAUUGAUAAUAGUGUGAACACAUGCUUACUCAUUACAUUUUAUCAAAAUUAAAUGUACAACACUGUUAUCUUCUAUCUUCGGGUCCCCUGGCAGCCUGUUUAGGAGGAAUAAGCGUGCAUACCGCGGAGACGAAGGAAACAGAUAUCAGCAUCGUUACACAGUGCAAGGGAAGUAACCUGACAAUACAUGAGCCCUAUCCACGGGUUACCGUUCGUUACGUGUUUCGUGGAGGAGAAACUCUCGCCAGUGCGUCUGUACCGGCCACCGGAAAGCUUGAGGGCCGUCUGAUUGUGAACAGCGAUGGACGAGUGACUCUGACCGACCUGAAGUCACAUGACCUCGGGACGUACGGUGUGGAGGUGCAACUGGCUGAAGACAAGCGAAUACACAGCAUCGGACUGGUCGUCAGGGAACCGCCUAAAACAGUCGACGGGAAGUUAUUUGUGAUGAAGAAUUACUUUUCAGACAGUGGUUCUAUUCAUCUAACAUGUGGUACCUUUACAACUCUAGGCUUUCCGCCCGUUUCAGCAGUAUGGAAGGAUCCCGCAGGUCGAGCACUAAGCAGCGAUGGGUUUAAGGAUGAGUACUUUUACCUGGAUGUACCUGCCGACACGGCGGACUCUGGUGACUACUGCUGUCAGCUGGACUGCCGAGCCCCCGACUUCUGUUGUCUUGACGACCAGUCGCCGUUAAGGUCAUGCGCAACGGUGCACGUGCAGACAAACAAGAAGGUCGAGGUCGUGACAAAGGAGAGUGUGUCACUAGAAGCCUUUUCACAAUUACAGCAGCAAGUCUUGGACUUGGCCAGGAGCCAGCAGGAGUCACAUGACGGGGGAUGCCGCCAGAGUGCUGUGACCGCGAUAGCUCAUCUGGCUGAACUUCAAGCCAAAUCCGACGCUUACCUGAACACAGUAAAAAGCUUUGAAAAGGAGCUAGAGAGAAGCCUGGAGAAUGUGAAGAACAUCAGCGCAGAGGAUCGAGUUAAACUACAAAUAGAAACUAAUCAGAUGUUGCAGAAUGUUCAACUUCAGCUGGAUUAUAAUAUUUCUAAAGCUAUGGAAACCUGCAAUGACUUUCAGCAACAGCUAAGAGUUGAAGAUAUGAAGCUCGAGUUAAACCAGACCACACUUUCUACAAGUGUAGAAGCCCUGGAACAGAGGUUAGACAAAGACUUCCUAGAAAUGAGUAAAAGUAGUGCUAAGAUGCAAAAUAAUCUCGAGACAAACAUGAAGUCCAUGCAAAGUCUUGAAGCGCAAAUGAACAACUUCUCGAAGGUCGCUGAUAAAAGAUUUGUACAACUGGAAGCUGAGAGGACAAACAGAACGGCAAAUCUCCAGCAAGCAAUAACUAAGGACGUAUCAAAGUUAGAAGAAACACUGUCAGCACUCGAGAGAAAACUGUCAGCUAUGGAGGAAACGUUCGAGAAAAAGAUGGUACAGCAAAUAUCAGACAUGAAAAUUUCCUUCACUCAAUACCAACAGACCACUGCACAGGAACUGACCGACGUCAGAGGGAGAACGGACACUCGGCUGUCACAACUCGAGAGAAGACUGUCAACUUCGGAGAAUACUAUCAACAGUCAUGUGACCAGCUCAAGCCAGUCACAUACAAGCUUAGUUUCGGAGUUGGCGGCAUUCGUUAGGAAGACAAAUGCAGUGACUGAGUCACUAAAGAAUCAACUAACAACAAUGAACAAUCAGCUGACAGCAAAACGAUGUGAGUCUGGCGUCAAACACUUCUCGCCGCAUGAUCAGCCCAGUGAUGGGUCACUGUGGAGAACUAAAACAGAUCACGUCGACUUUACCCGCCCCUUCACAACCAAGCCGACGGUGGCUAUUGGCAUCACUAGUCUCGACGUAAGCAACUGGUCUAAUUUGAGGAUCCAGGUACGUGUUGGUACCAUCUCCACUUCCGGUUUCGACGUGCAUGCCUCAGAGUGGAGUGAUACAUACACCUACAGCGUGGCUGCCGUCUGGAUGGCUUGUAACGUCUGAAGAAAAAGCACGACAACGAGCAGCGCCUCUUCUUAGCGCGUGCCAUCCAUUCUCAGACAGAUCUUAGAUAUCCCUGACCGUUUGUGAUUACAUGUACUUCCUGUUUACAACCGACAACUAAAUCUUCAGAUAUUUUCUAAUUUAAAAGUUGUCUGUAUCUACCAGGUAACGUUCGUGUCAGCUACACAUGGAUGAUAGAUUUGUGCACUUUCAUUUGGCAUACUAUGAGAACCGGAUAUAUGUAUAUAUACACGUAUACAAUAUAUAAAAUUCAAUUACAUAAUGUUUUCUAUUUCAAUAUUCUCACUGACAUGCGCUCGCACACACACACACACAUACAGAAAUUUGUGUAAGCACAACGGGCAGCUCAGGCGUUCAAACGAUCAGUAUAUCGUUUGGAACUGCGAUAAUGUGGGUAUGUGACAUUUUAAAAUGUAGCUAAUGAAAAAAUGACUAAUUUGUUAUCGCAUCUAAACAUGGGUGUAUAUAUAUCUACAAACUCACAUUGCCACAUAUAUACAAAAUAAAAACGUAAAAUUACACAUAUCCACACAAAUAUUUACAUGUAAGUCUACACAUUUGUCCCUAACAAUAUCAAGACAAAAAUGUAUACACACUUCUACACAAUUACUGACAAAUCUAUGUAUUCGUGUAUACGCAUAUCGACACAUAAAUCUAUUUAUACCCCUGUGUUUAUAUAUAUAUACUUAUGUGUGCACAUUACCAUUCUUAGGUCUCCCAUUGCAUUUACACAGGAUUAUCUCAGCCUGUCCAUCCAAAAGCUGCCGUGCAAAUAGAUAGAUGGCUGAUUUAUCUGGGAUGAUGUAUGCAUGUUUUUUUUUUAGUCUGUCUCCAUCUGGGGCCUCUCUCUCUCUCUCUUCCUCUGAUUUGGUCGUUCUGUCUUUCCGUUUCUUGGUUUCCAUCACUGGUAUGUUUAAUAUGGUUCUAUAAUUUUCCUUUUGUCAUUCAUUUCUCUCCAUAUAUAUAUCUACAAGCUAAGUCUAAGUUUUUGUGUGUUCGCGAAUGUGACCCUCCAGUGUACAGUUGUGUCGUGUACUUAAUAAAGACAUUCAAGCCAGUCUCGCUCGUUACCACUCCUAGUCCCUGUCUG